GGUCCACUUCUUAUAAUAACUCAUGUGAGUGCAGGCGUCGAGGAGGUGGACGUUCAUAUUGAGGACUUCAUUUUCUUUUUUAGCACUUUUAGUGGAUCUCUGAGUUGUUUUAUUUGUUUGUUUUGUGCAGCAUCCCCUUGCCACCAUGAAUCCACCGUGUGGAAGAUGCAACAAACCAGUUUACCCUACAGAGAAAAUCAAUUGCCUCGAUAAGUACUGGCACAAAGGUUGUUUCAGCUGCGAGGUUUGCAAGAUGGCGCUGAGCAUGACGACCUACAAAGGCUUUGAGAAGAAGCCUUACUGCAGUAUGCAUUACCCCAAAACCUCCUUCACCAUAGUGACUGACACCCCUGAGAACCUGCGUCUCAAGCAGCAGAGCAUGCUCAAUAGCCAGGCGCUCUAUAAGGAGGAGUUUGAAAAGAACAAGGGGAAAGGUUUCAGCGUGGUGGCCGACACUCCAGAGAUGCAGAGAGUGAAGAAGACACAAGACCAGAUCAGUCACGCUCUUUACAAGGAAGAGUUUGAAAAGAACAAAGGGAAAGGUUUCAGCGUGGUGGCCGACACUCCGGAGAUGCAGAGACUGAAGAAGACGCAAGACCAGAUCAGCAACAUAAAGUACCAUGAAGAGUUUGAGAAGAGCAGGAUUCGAAGUGACGCGCCUCCUCCUGAAAACAGGCAAGAUUAUGAAAACCAGCCACAGACCCAGGAAAGAUUCAGUCAGCCAGGGGGACAAGUGCGACCUGCUGCUGUAGCACCACCUGCUGGAGGGAAGCGUUUCCAGGCCAUUUACAGCUACACGGCAGCAGAUGCAGAUGAAGUUUCCCUCCAGGAAGGCGAUCUGAUCUCAGACGUGGAGCCGAUAGAUGAGGGCUGGAUGUUUGGAUUCAACCAGCGUACGGGACAGCGAGGCCUUCUGCCCGCUAACUACGUCCGACCUGUGUGAACCGAAUCCACCUCUCUCAGUCAGCUGCUGCUCUGCGAAUCUGCUGUCAGAGACAACAACUCAGCUUCUAUGUGAACAUUGGAGAAAGCUAAUUCUUACACUUUUUCUGACUGACUCUGCUUUGCAUUCUUGACAGAAAUAUAACUUUUAAAUUUAGGUAAAGAUGAACUUUUGGGAUACAAAGAUGAGAUAUCUUGAUGCAACAGAACCUACAAAAGAGGAAGUAAGAGUAAAAGGUAAAAUACUCACGAAACGGAAGGAGGAUGAUAAAUAUAGCUACGGUUUCCUGUGCUGCUUCUCACAUGAAUAGUUUUCAUCUUUCUCGGGUAACAUUUACCUAUUUAUGUACAUUUUAUCUAGCAGUUUUAGCGCAGCUCUGACAGAAACUAAUGCUUUUAACUCUGAAAUAAUUGUACACUUCCAUGCAGUUGAACCAAGGAAUUCAUGCUUUGACAUUUUCUAACUCCUCCAACAACUUGUUUAAAGAGAGAUUCAUACAUCUAAUGACUGAAUCAUGUAAGCUGAUUUGAAUAAAAAAGUGAAAUCACCUGA